AUGCUCCGGAGUUUUUCGGGCAGCUUGACGCUCUCGUCCCGCCCGAGCGAGGACGGGUCGGUUUCGGGCAGGAGCUUGCGGAGCAAUGCGAGUGCGGUUGGGCAUGGUAGGAGGCGGUGGAGAUCUACCACUAGAAACGGGCUGCAGCAGAAAUUAGUCCAAGAUGUGCUUCUACUGGAUGGGACUGAAACGGAUGUGCCGCCGAGCUAUGCUGACGUGGCGAGAAUGCUGGGGCUUGCGGGGUCGUUGGCCGACCGCCAGCCUGUCAGCAUGGCGCUGUGUAUUCUAAGGGUGCUGGAUAUGGUUGGCCAGACUCGGCCUUUUGUGCGCGUGGAGGAAGGGAGUGAUGUGAGUGACUUGGCGAGAAGGGGAGUGUGUGUUGCGUUCCGAUGGGUUAGGGAGGGUAUUCACAAUGACGAGUCCAAUCACCGUGCUUCAACAGAAGCCGAAAACCAGGAACGUGGCCGAGAGAAGAGGGAAGCGAGUGCAGGAGUGGAAGAUGCACCAACCGAACCGGAAACCCCUGCCAACGACCGCAGCAACAGUACCCGGAACAGAAACAGGUUCGGGGACGACAGGCUCGGGGACGAGAGGUUUGGCGGGGGGAGGCGGGAGCUAGUAAACGUGGAGGAGGAGAUGGGGAGGUACGCUGUGGACAAGGCAUGCAGGCACUUCAUAGUCUCGUGCCUGCUGGAUCUGCUUCAGCUGCACGCUCACCACGCGUUCCGCCCCCAGCAGCCGUGCUUCAACCUCCCUCUCACUCCUGUCACUGCGACGCCUGCGCCAACAGCACAGGGCGCUUCUGACCAGGUGGUAUCCAAUCGGGUGGUUCCUGAACAGGUGGUAUCUGAGCAGGUUGUAUCUGAACAGGUCGUAUCUGAGGCAGGAGCGCCCUACAGGCUGGGAGAGCUAGCAGAGGUACUACUAGUAGAAUCCACUGUAGCAACCAACGGGAUGAACCCCAUUGAAUGCGCUCAUCUGGACAGGCUGUAUCUGACCCACGGCACCAUCCAGGGGGGGUUGCAUCUAGGGCCAGGUAUUCUCGCCCUAGCUGUUGCCCUCGCCAUGCAGUCGCUGCCGAGCCUGUGGCCUGAUGACGUGGCGGAGGUGGCUGAGUUUUUAGAGGAGAUGGGGUGUGAGGAGGCGGGGUAUCGGGCGCGGGUGCGGGUGCUGGGGAGUGUAUAUGCUACUGAGGCGGAUUGCAAAGAGGUUAUAAGGAGGACAGUGCGGUCGAGAGGGGUGGAGCCGGUGAGGCGGAGGAUUCAGAGAGUGGUGGGGGUGGCGGAGACGGCGCUAACCCAUGCGCCGACCGAGGCGUCGCGAUCGGCACCCCCCAAACCAGCCGCCCGCCUCCCCAGCAUCAUCCCCGUAAUCCCGGACGCCGAAGCAGCGCCCAUAAUCCCGUGGGUGCGGGACUUAGCAGAGGCGUACCUGCGGCUGAGCCGGCACCUGUCGCUGGACUCAGAGGGCGUGCGGCAGCAGCACGAGCGGCACACGGACGUGUGCGCGUGUAUCAUUCUCAGGUGCCUCGUAGCGGAGGUGGCGAGGGAGAGAGAAGAGGCGCGGGUGGCGGCUGCUGCGGGGGUUUCUUCGCCUGGGUCGACUGAUGCUGCUGGGACGCCUGAAGGGGCUGUGGAGGCGGCGUUAUUGGGAGGGAGGGGAGGGGAGGAAAGCAGCAGCACUGUCGCACAGCAGGAGGCGCAGGAGAGGCGGGAGAGGGAGGAGAGGGAUGCGGCGAUGGCGGCGCUGCUGGUGCAUCUGGACAAGGCACCGGGGGGCACGGGGUCGCUGGCAUGGAAGGCCAUAGCCGUGCUGAAUACACACCUGGCUGUGAACGAGGAGGGGACGGGCACAGACGUUGACGCACUCGAGCUCUUUGACUGGUCGCUCGAGUCCCUCCUGGUCACCCUCCCAGGAGGCCCCGAGGCUGCUGCAUCCCUCCUGAAAGUCAUCGACUCUGCCGCACAAUGGGAUUCUGCAGCAAGGUUCGAGAAGUCUGCUGCACGAUGGGAGAACUCGGCUGUUGCUGGUUCUUGUGGGGUGGCGCGGCUGUCGGAUGCGACACGUGUCGACGUGUUACUGGCCAUUGCUGCGCGUGUGGCUUGCACAAUCUACUGGCGCUGGCCCAGAAGGAGGGAUGCGCCGAGAUUCGUGGCUCAAGUGCUCACCCUGGCGCAUGGCACAGUGGGUAUGACCCCGGACCAACUGCAGCGGGCUCUCAAGAUCGGGGAGCGCCUGUGGGGAUGGACCAUGCCCAGCCCUGCCUCCCUGCAGCAGCGGUGUGAGACGCCAGAGGAGGCACGGGAGAUAAGGGAGAGCUGCAUCAUAUCAGCAUGGUACUCCACGUCAGCGUUUCGAGGAGAAGAGCCCAUAGAGCUCAUCGGUUCGCAGUGGCCCUACAGGUAG